ACCCAAACAUCAACUCGAUGACGAUGUCGCCGUUGUAUUGCCUUUAGGCACGUCACUUCUGUGUAUUAGCUGACACGCCGUGCUGAGCUAAUCGCAACAAGAGACGAAAACGACCGCCGACUCACUCAACUCACUCAAACCGACGAAAAGUGCGAGUCCCCGGGUAUUUUGACGUAAGAAAGCGCGCUGGAUAGGCUCCAAUGCUCUCGGACUGUGGCAAUGACGACGAAUCAUCAUUUUCGAACCGACUGGAGCGCGACAUAGCAGCGGCCUGCAGAGUUGGCGGGUACCUGGUGCUUGGAGCGGCACUUCCUGGUCAGUCAUUCCGCCGCGCUGUCCGUCUCGACACUCGUACGCGCUGCAGCUGCAAGUCUGUAGCACAUAUGAACCUAUUUCGUCUGCUCAAGCCGUAUUUGGAGCUGCCCGAGCACGCAAACAUCGUUCGCCCGCUCGAGAUCGUGCAGCGAGGCGAGAACGCCGAGACGUUCGUUUUCUUUGAUUUCUCGCCAAGUUUGGACUUGCACGGGCUCUUGCGGCAGCAGAAGCGACUGCGCGAGUCGAUGGCGGUCGUUUACUUCCGCCAGAUUGUCUCAGCUGUGGCUCAUUGCCAUGAGAAUCUCGUCGUCGUUCGCGACCUCAAGUUGCAAAAGUUCGUUUUCAGUGGCGACGACAGGUCUGAGUUGAAGCUGGCCGGUUUGGAUGACGCAAUCGUGUUGGAGAAGCCGAGUGAUGAUUUACUGACGGAUAAACACGGUUGUCCGGCCUACGUGAGUCCUGAAAUUUUACAGACAAACAGUGGGACCUAUUCUGGUCGAGCUGCGGACAUAUGGAGUCUGGGUGUUAUGCUGUACACCAUGUUGUUGGGAAAAUAUCCAUUCUAUGACGCCUCGCCUUCGAAUCUGUUCAAUCUGAUCAGAGAGGGACACUAUGAUCUACCAUCGAGUCUCUCGCCGUUGGCGAAGAGUUUGAUAUGCUCAAUGCUGCGACAGGAUCCAAGUAAGAGACUGACAGCUUGGGCGAUCCUACAGCAUCCCUGGUUCUUUAGACAAGACGCUCCGGGCUCGCCGACCAUUCGAGGAAAGACUGGAGUCGAUCAGAUGGUGCCCGAGCCGAUUACCUAUGGGGAUACUACCUCGAUGUUCACGUGACUGCUGUGUACACUAAGCUACCUAUGGAUUGUCAUUGUAUAUAUGGAUGUACUGCUAAUAUUGCUGUAUGGUCGCAUUGUAGGUAAACGCUCGUAAUUUUGCUAGCUCUAUUUAUUGUCCUAGCAUCCCUUGGUAUGUUAGUGGUGCAUCACUGCUGACCAGACUUAUAAUUCUCUGCACCUUGUGUAACUCGAUUGCUCCCGAUUAUCCAUGAUUUGACUAACAAGACGUGAUCACAUGGUAUUCA